AUGGGCAGCUAUUGGGAACAAUAUUCUCAUCAUGGACGACCAUUAUCAGUGGCAUUAAAUGAGCCAUUAGAUCCGUAUGAAACAUUUGGAGAUUUUUGUUAUCAUAACAAUAAUCAGAAUGUUAUUGAUACUCGAAAUAGAAGUAGAUCAUCUGGUAGACGAUAUAACAGAGAAUGUUAUAGUCUACAAUACAUUACUCCACCACCAUUUAUUCCAUUUUAUCCACAACGACAUCGUGAACGAGAAAUGCUCGUAGAAAAAAUAGAAACUGUCACAAUUGAAGAACAAUUACGUCCUCCUCCAGUAUAUCAUCCACCAUUAUGUAUACCCGAAAUUCGACAAUUAAAAGUUCGAAAACCACCAAGACCCUCAUCAUGCUACAGUAUAUAUGGAUCAGACACUCAUCGUCAUGAAUCACAUUGGUCAAAAGUCGAGGAAAAAAAUCAUACUGUGACAAAUGAUCGAAUUGUACCAGAACCAUCAUGUACAACUAUUUCAAAUUUAGUUGAACGUGUUAUUAGUAAUAAAAAAGAUGUCAUGACAUCGACCGAAGAUCUUCAUGUUUCAAAGAAAUCAAAAGAUGCGGGAACAGAUACCACAGGUUUACCAUCAAAACCAAGAAGACCAUUGUGUAAAACUGAAACUCAAAUAAUUGAACGUUAUGAGCAAACAGAAAAUCGAAUACCAAUCGUGUAUACUGAAGAGUCAUAUUCAUAUAAAGAUGGAUCAAUGAAACGACCGUUGCAAGGUUAUUAUGACGGUACAUUAAAUAAAACAGUUAACAUUUGGACAAGUGAUGAUCGAAAAAAUGAAAAAAAUCGUAUAAUUAUUCGUCCAACAUCAAAACCAAGAGAAGUAUUAGUAGAUACAAGCGGUAUAUUUAGUGGUGCAGAUUUUUCUGAACCAACAUCUCCACAACCGGAUACAAAUAAACGCAUCACAUUCACUUCAAGAGAGUUAUUAUAA